CGGAAGAGAAAAUCUGUGUGUUACACUCAAAAUAUUCCCGCAUGUUACAGACAUACUAACUCCAACUCGCGUUUCAACAAUAACUUUGACAGCAACACAAACAUCAUAUCACAUGUCUGUGUAUAUGUGGCACCGGUGAGUCAGCAUAGAUGUCGGAUACCGGAGAGUGGCAGGUGGCCCGGAGACGAAAAGGGGUAGCUCGGAAAUCAAAGUCACUUCAGGUGUCUUCAAAUUCAACAAGUUGGCAGGAGCAGUUGGAUAUCGGGAAAAUUGUGAAACGAAUCAGAGACACUGUGUCUGAGCUAAGAUGUGAGGAGUUUUUGCAGGAGUGGAAAGAGCAUCUUCUGGUGGCACGCUCAGCAUUCCUCCUGAAAACUCCAGAAAAUAAGUUCACUAGGAAUCCCAGUGACCAACAGAAGGGCAGAGAUGGCAGGCUGUGUCAGCAGCUGGAGUGUGUGUGUUAUGGCCUGGGGUCCUUUUCAUCCUGUGUCUCAGCUCGCUACCAGCUGGCCAUGUUGCUGCUGCUGCUGGAUGCAGGACAGAUUCCACUGAAGGACUGCUUUGUUUAUGACCCUGCAUUCUCCUCUGGAGAGAGGGAUGUUUUGACAGAGCUUGGUCUGACUGUACUCACAGAAAAUGAGGAGGGGAAGCAUCUGGUGACUAAGCCUACACUCUUUUACCUGAUGCAUUGUGGGAAAGCCCUGUACAACAACCUUCUGUGGAAGAACUGGAGUAUACGAUGUCUUCCUCUGAUAAUAAUAAUUGGAAACAGCUUCAGCGGCAUCUGGGACAGGACGAUCGAGAGAGAGCUGAAGCGAGACUAUGGCUACAUCAGUCAGGCUGUGUCUGUGUGUGAGGAGAGACAGCUGUCUUGUCCUUCCCAUCUGAUCAGCAUCUUCAGUGACACAGCAGUCAUUACCUUUCCUGCCAGUAACCUUAACAGACUCCCACAAUCCACCUGGACAGAGCCGCCUGAACCACAGUACCAGCACUGCUCUGAUUUGGAGAUUACACUGAGGGCAACACAGAGCUGAGACAGGAGUUGGCUAAUACUGGACUUUUUUUUGGUGUUGUUGCCAUUUUUAAAUAAAUAAACCAUGCUCUAAAUAGAGGGUUGCAUCUUGCAUAACUGUGCUGCAAUCCUGAUAAGCUUGUCAUAAGGCUUCAUGGGAUUGGAAAAGCUCAUGUUGACUAUCUUGGAUGAAUUUAUUUAAGAUGUCUUUCAUCACUGAAUGCAUGUAUUAUAUAUUUCUGUAAAAGUCAUGCAAAUGACUGGUAGUAAUUGACCCAAAAAUUGUAGUGACAGUGAAAGGGAGCACACUGGUAUUGUCCUCUUUGCACUUCAGUUAUAUUUCAGUUGGAUUUUUUAUGGGCCCAUCAGUUGUUUAAGUCUUGCUGGUGUUUUUUCUUUUCUUUUCUUGCACUGUUUAGAUUUAACUGCAUGACAUCAUACAAACAGUAAAAUUUAAUGCAAAUCUUUUUAUUCCAAAUACAUGAAACAUUCCACUUA